GACGCAGAGACGUCACCAGUCGGUAGGCGGAAAAGCGGUAGUGUGUGUGUUUCGUAUCUGGAGAUAAAGCAUAGCCGGGUGCUUUUAUUAAGGAGAUACACACGGAGAUAUAAAAAGGUUAGCUUUGUGCCUGCUGAAAUGGCGGUUCCGGCUGGUCAGGCAGAUCUACCCAUGGAUAGGGGCGCCCUGAGCGGCCAGACGGUUUCCUCUGAAAACAACAUUGACAUCGACGAGAAAGAGUUGGAAAAUAUCACAAAGAAACACCGAGAAGACGAGACGACAACGCUGCCUCUGCACUCACCUUGGACGUUUUGGCUGGACAGGUCAUUACCGGGCACUACGGCUGCAGAAUGUGAAUCCAAUCUGAAGAAGAUCUACACCGUGCAAAGUGUUCAGAUGUUUUGGAGUGUAUACAACAACAUCCCCCCCGCCACAGCCCUGCCUUUGAGAUGUAGCUAUCACUUAAUGCGCGGAGAGCGGAGGCCUCUGUGGGAGGAAGAAAGCAAUGCAAAAGGAGGAGUAUGGAAGAUGAAAAUACCAAAAGAAAGCACUUCUGCAGUUUGGAAAGAAUUGUUACUUGCUACUAUUGGGGAACAGUUUGCAGAUUACUGUGCCUCAGACGAUGAGGUUGUUGGUGUCAGUGUUAGCGUUCGGGAUCGGGAAGAUGUCGUACAAGUCUGGAAUAGCGAUGCAUCUCUUGCUACCGAAGCAAAUAUCUUGGGAAAAGUCUAUGAGCUCCUCCCAUCCAUAUCUUUUAAAGCUGUUUUUUAUAAGUCUCACAUGGAACAUCAUGCCUUUGAAGGAGGACGCUCAAGACAUUAAAUGAUUGUAAUGCACUUUUUUUUUUUAUUUUAACCUGAACUCUGUACCUGCGUUUAAGGCGCUGUCCACAACUUAAUCAAGGAUAUUAUUUUGCAUUCAACAAUGAAAUGUUAUCAAUAUAUUUUUAUAACUUGUUAUGACUGAUGCCUUGUUUCAUUUUGAGGUGGGUCCUAAAGCUCAGAGCUCUCGAGAGAAUGUAUAUCCAACAUAAAUCUCAUCCGGAGUUCAUUAGUUCAUGUUGGUUUUGACUUCCUCCUUUUGCUGAACUGAACUGAACUGAACUGAACUGUCCUGGUCUGUCCUGGUCCUGUUCUCUGCGCAGCCUAUGGACCUCACAAUGUAUUCCUGGUAUAGAAGUAGCAGCUACAGAACUAGUGUUUUAACUGUUUGAUAUGUAGGGUGACUUAAUUCAUGUCAUGUUUAAUUAAGUCUACUUAGUCAGUGCCAAGGCACUUCUCUGCUGUUUAAGAAGUUUGCAUCCCAGUGGUGUUUUAUUCAGCUGGAGUUUUUCCACUUUUGAGGAUGAAUUGAAUGUCCCAUUUGGUUUUUUGAAACUUCAUCAAGCAUACAUCAAAUUUAAAUCAGGGUAACACUUGGACAUAUUGCACAUGACUACCUAUUUUGAUCCCAGCGUCCCUUAGUUAUAAAGCCAUCCUAGGGAAGAAGACUCUGCUCUAGACUACAUCCACACUAAUACAUUUUUAAAACCGUGUUUAAAAAAACGAAAACGACCUCCAUCCAGAUGUUUUAACACCGUUUCGGAAAUAAUCUCCGUUAUAAAAUGCAGAAUUUAACUCAGAACAGCUGCAAGCUUAGACAACAAGGUCAGCAGCGGCUGUAAGUAGUUAUCCAUGUUGAAUUACCCACUGGUAGUCAAGGUUGACGUUGUUUGUUUUCUUCCAGAAAAGGGUCACAUGACAGGGGCGUAGCGAAUCAGGGAAGGAUGUGUGGAUGUAGCCUUAGUUAAAGAGCAAAAGCCAUCUUGAAAGAUGCCUCUUACGAAUGUUCUUAACCGCACCGCAUUUGACAUUUCUUUCGAUCCCCCUGUGUUGAAAGUAGCCCCUCUGCUUUCCUAUAUGGGGUCACAGACUGUAUACUGCACAUUGUUUGUGACAUUUUGAUACAAUAUGUCACAUUUUAUCGUUAUGAAAAAGUCAAAUAUGACAGAUUUGGCGAGUUUCAAUUCAGUCAUUGAGUCCAUUUAUACUGCUGCUUCAAAGAAAAGUACACUUUAAACCAGAAGUUACACUGACCUCAUCUAUUUGAUCAUGUCCAUAAUGAGAAAUAGCAUCACUAUUAAUAAAGAAAAUAGAAAAACAUUUUGUACCAGCUCCUUUUACAAAUCUGGGUCAUUUUUGUGAGACCCAAACAGUUAUGCGAUUGCAGUGUAGGCUACAGUAAACUGAAUGCUUCUGGUAUUAUUGUAUAUCAAACCAUUUUUAUUGUGCAGCUUCGGGCUGGUCGAUACAUUAGUUAUGAGGGGACAAUAUUUCCUUUUUGCAGUGAUAUGGACA